GAAUAGUCUAUUAGAGGGGCGGCCCAAAUAAAGGAAGCAGCCAUGCGUUUCCCGCUGCUCUUGACACUGCAGGCAUCAUGGCUGACUGUUUGUCAGGCCACGCAGCACUAUCCCACAACCUGGGGACACUACGACUUGUGCAAGUCAGAAGGCUACACGGACGAAGGCCCAAUCUGGUAUUACAUGGCCUGUCAGCCGGAAGCCGCGGACAUGACCAAGUACCUAAAAGUGUUUCUUGACCCACCCAACAUCACCUGUGGAGACCCACCAGAGACCUACUGCACCCUGGAAAACCCCUAUAUGUGCAACAAUGAGUGUGACGCAGCCACAGAAGAGCUGGCCCACCCCCCUGAGCUCAUGUUCGACCAUGAGGGCCGCAACCCCACCACCUUCUGGCAGUCCACCUCCUGGAAAAAAUACCCUAAACCUCUGGUGGUCAACAUAACCCUGUCAUGGAACAAGACUAUUGAGCUGACCGAUGAUAUUGUCAUCACUUUUGAGUCGGGUCGGCCAGAGCAAAUGGUUUUGGAGAAGUCUCUGGACUAUGGACGUAGCUGGCAGCCCUACCAGUUCUAUGCUACCGACUGCCUUGACGCAUUCACUAUGGAGCCCAAAACGGUGAGGGACAUUACCCAGCACACAUUGCUGGACAUCAUCUGCACCGAGGAAUAUUCAAGAGGUUACGUGUGGAAGAACGACAAGACUGUACGCUUUGAAAUCAAAGACCGUUUCGCACUGUUUGCCGGGCCCAAGUUGCACAAUAUGGCCUCGCUGUAUGGACAACUGGACACCACCAAGAACCUGAGAGACUUUUUCACCAUUACUGACCUGCGCAUACGUCUUCUCAGGCCUGCCACGGGCGCCACCAUGGUGGAUGAGUACAACCUUUCCAGAUACUUCUACGCCAUCUCUGGCAUUAAAGUACAUGGCAGGUGCAAGUGCAACCUUCACGCCAACAGCUGCAUCUAUGACAAAGAGAGACUGACUUGCGAGUGUGAGCACAACACCACGGGGCCUGACUGUGGCCGCUGUAAGAGGAAUUAUCAGGCCAGAGCUUGGAGUGCAGGAUCCUAUCUCCCCAUCCCCAAGGGCACAGCAAAUAUCUGUCUGCCAAAUAGUGUUGGUCCAGUUAACUGCGAAUGUUUCAGUCACUCCAAUCGCUGCAGUUACAUCGAGGUGCUAAACACCGUCAUUUGCGUGAGCUGUAAGCACAACACUAGAGGGCAGCACUGCCAGCUGUGCAAGCUUGGAUACUACCGCAAUGCCUCAGCAGAGCUGGACGAUGAGAAUGUUUGCAUAGGUCAGUCCUCCAGCACUCCCAUCCACCAACACGGCUUAUCGCACAUCACACUUCCCCCAAAUCUGCCAUCUGGCCUUCUGUUUCUAUUGCUCCAUCAUCCUCCAUCACUUCACUCCCUUCUCUGUAUCUGUCCAUCCCUCUGUCGUCACCCGAGUCUCUUCACGCAUGCUUGUGUGCGUCAGCAAAGUCACGUUGAUCCAAAUUCCCUCAAGUCUUUGACUACAAAACCAGCAAGUAUGACGUGAAGAUCCACAGCAGAGUAGGACAGAAGACAUUGUAGGGAAAAAUAGUGUAAUUUUUAAUGUUUGUUACAAAGCUAAGAAAAGGAAAAGAAGAAGGUAGAACGGAGAACAAGAACAGACAUUAAGAAAAAAAGAAAGCCAGACAGGUGUCAUUGAGAGACAGAGGUGAUGUCUGCCAUCACACUUCCCCAGUGAGGUGUCUGGGAGGGCUCGCACCCACAGAAAAAGGUGCUGCGUGUUGCAUAUGUCACUCUCGGAAAGAAGAAGCAAGAGAAAGAAGAGAGCAAGAGAGGUGUCUGGGAGCAGGUCGCGACUGUGUGACUUACACACACAUCUUUAGGUGUUACAGGUCACAGACUCUGACCUCCACCUCAACCUAGCAAUAUCUGUAGUCACAGGAGGGCCACAGAACUGACAAAAUAUGUGAAAAGUGCAUCUUGAAAGAGGUUUAUGUUAGUGUUUUAGCAAAGCAUUAAUAAUUAAUAAGCAUUAAUGUCUUCUACUUAGAAAUUAAACAAGUACCUGCUUUGUAGCAAAACCUUAAGGCUAUGUUCACACUUGUAAAGAGUUCUGUUGUGCUAGGCAUCUGAAAACGUUGAUGAAUUUAUACUGAAAAGAAGUAGGAGAAUUUUAAAAAGGAAUGAUUAGUUUCCUCCAAAAAAGUAAUGUUUAAGAACAAAUGUACUGCCGUGAUCAGAAAUGCCAUUACACGCAUCAGGCUACAUGUCCAAGUUCUUCAGAGAAUUAAUCAGAUUCUCUUUUGAAUUGAUAGUAUUAAAACUUUUGUGUUUUUAAUACCCCUCAGUAGCUCAACAUCUGCUCAAAUUAGUUGUCAUCUUCAUACAGUAGAUAUCGCAGAAAUGCAGGUUUUGAAUGGCACUUCAGCACCAUAAGCAGAACCCGGUUAAUUGGCCAGAUGUCUUUGGGUGAUCCAUGACCUGGAGAGUUACUGACAUUGCCAAAAACUUAUAGUCAGCAUGAAAUCAAAAUUGACUAUUUACUGGGAUAAAAUCAAGUCACACUUUCUUUUUUUCCGAUCAGUAUCUUGUUUUACUCAGAAAUACACAAUUAAAAUUAUGCAAGUAAAAUGCAUUGAAAAUGCGACUUUAUGUAGACUUUAAUAACAUGGUCACCUUUAAGGACAUUUUCUGUUGUAUCAAAGGAUUUAAUUAUGAGAUAUUUCUGAACAGAAUCAGUGUCAGAAUCAGUGGACAACAAUCAAAUUGGCUAAUCAGGAAUCCUCCACCACGUGUCUGUCUUUCUGUUUCUCUUUUGUAUGUUCCCUUUCCUUCAUGCCACCCAUUUUUUUUACACUUAACAAAAUAUAGAAAUAUAUUCUUGUAAAAAAUGUUCAGAAUGCACAGUGCAGUCAUUCGGUAACGGUCAACGCUUUUGCAUUAUGGGACUUCCAAGAUGUUGAACAUUCACAAACAUUCGUUUUCCUUACUAAACUAAAUGCCAUUGUUUCCAUUUUCCACCCUCACUCACCUUCCCCAGCUGAUGCUUCUCAUUUUAUUCCUUUGAAAUGGUAGAUGUGAGGUAAAUAUUCAGUUAUACAUGUUAUAAAUCUGUCCUUUGUAGACUAGCAAUGUGCAUGAAGGAGGCAGCAGAGGUCCAUUUUGAGCGAAAAUGCUUUUUGUGUAGAGGGACAGAGGGACUUUACUCAUGAGCUGAUCUGAGAGGCUGAAGACCACAGACCCCAUCUCUCCACUGUGUGUAUGUGUGUGUCUUGUUUCUACAGACUGUAAUUGUAAUCCCUUUGGCUCAGACACUGAUCGCUGUAAUGGCACAGGAUAUUGUAAAUGUAAGGAGGGAGCGACAGGGGC